UCAGGGAGCGGAGAUGAAUUACGAAUUCGAGCGAGAGAGCGGUUUUAUCAAUAGUCAGCCGUCGCUUGCUGAGUGCCUGACAUCUUUCCCCCCUGUCGCUGAUUCAUUUCAAAGUUCAUCAAUCAAGAGCUCGACGCUUUCACGCCCGACACUGAUUCCUCCUCCCUUUGAGCAGACCAUUCCUAGCUUGAAUCCGGGCAGCCAUCCGCGGCACGGCCGGCCCAGACACAGCCCCGACGGAUGCAGCCCGCUGCCCACCGCCUCCUUACCCCCGGAGUACCCCUGGAUGCGGGAAAAGAAAGCCUCCAAGAGGAACCACUUGCCGACCUCCACCGCAACCACUAUAUCCAAUGGACAUGAGUGCUUUUCUCCAAAAGGCUCGCCUGAGAUUGUGGAGAGUGGUGGGGGAGGAGGGGGGUCCCGUCGGCUGAGGACAGCGUAUACCAACACACAGCUGCUGGAGCUGGAGAAGGAGUUCCACUUCAACAAGUAUCUGUGCCGUCCGAGGAGAGUGGAAAUAGCGGCUCUUCUGGACCUGACCGAGAGGCAGGUCAAAGUUUGGUUCCAAAACCGGCGCAUGAAGCACAAGCGGCAGACCCAGAGCAAGGAGAACCACAACGGGGAAGGGAAAGGGCCGGGCGCCGAGGACGGCAUCCACAGCGACGAGGACGACGAGGGCCCCCUGUACGAGCGGAGCGGGGCCCUGCUGGAGAGAGAUACCUGCUCCUUUCAGAAUAACUCUCUGAGCUCUACACAGCAGCUUCACAAUAGCGAGUCCAUGAGCUUUGCUGCUGCGCCGCUGAACAGCAAUGACAAAAAUCUGAAACAUUUUCCCAACCCGUCACCCACUGUUCCAGGCUGCAUGUCAACAAUGGGCCCAGGCUCGGCAUCUGGCCCGGACAAUGGCGACAGUCCCCCGGCCCUGGAUGUUUCUAUACACGAUUUUCAACCUUUCUCCUCGGAUUCCUGCCUACAGCUCUCCGAUGCUGCCUCGCCGAGCUUAUCAGAGUCUCUGGACAGCCCCGUGGACAUUUCUGCGGACAGCUUUUAUUUUUUCUCGGAGUCCCUAACUACAAUCGACCUGCAGCAUCUGAACUAUUAACUGAAAUCAAUCACAAAAGCUUUCUUUUUUUUCCUUGGGACAAUACAUAUCAGGUUGUAAUGGUAUUAACUCUGCUGUUAUUUGUAUAUUCGGCACAUUUAUUCUAAUGAUAUUUGACUUGACGAUUAAUGCAAGGUAAGGCUGAAAUGAAAUCACUGAAAUAGCUAUACUCACGCGUGGCUUGUAAUUUACAUAACAAAUUGUUCUCUUGGAAUGAUAAUUAUGAGUGUUUGUGAAUAAUUAUACAAUAUUAGGCCUAUGGAACCUGGUCAUUUUAUUUUUGUAUAGCUUCCAAUGUCUUGGAUAUUUUUGUUAGAAUACAAUUAACUUGCUAC